CACAUCGAGGGCACGAGUGAAGAGGAAGACUCACCUAGAUCUCGUCUCAUUAUCUGUACAGCAAUGGCCACUCAGAAAUCCCAGUCUACACGUCUGCCAGUCUCUCGGACGCCGACAACUACCAACGGGUUCCCUACUGUACCUGCAAGCGCCGCGAUUCCGAAUGGACAUGUGUCUCCUACAGAGCAAGGCGGCGCGGUGCUUGAACUCAGUGAUGGAAGCGCAUUUCAAGGAAUCAGUUUCGGUGCGGCGGGCAAGAGCGUCGCAGGUGAAUGUGUCUUCCAGACCGGUAUGGUUGGCUACACGGAGUCUUUGACAGACCCUUCUUACGAAGGCCAAAUUCUCAUUCUGACAUACCCUCUGGUCGGAAACUACGGCGUGCCGGAACGUACUGCUCCGUCUCUUGAUGAUUUGCCGUCGGAUUUCGAGUCUUCGCGCAUACAUGUAGCCGCGUUGGUCGUCGGAUAUUAUUCUGAGGACUUCAGUCACUAUCUCGCAAACUCGUCUUUAGGAACUUGGCUGAAGGAAAAUGAUGUACCCGCUAUUUAUGGUGUGGAUACUCGCGCGCUCACCAAACGAAUUCGCGAGAAAGGUUCUAUGCUUGGUAAAAUCCUUGCUAAACGGUCUGCAAUAAAUGGAAAAGACAGGUUCCGUUCUCUUUUGCCGGACAAUCAACCGUCGUCACGGGCUCAGUCUCAGGACAUGCAGACUUGGCGAGAGGACUAUAUUGACGUUAACUUCAAAGAUCCAAAUCAAGAGAAUCUCGUCGUCGCCGUUUCCAUUUCCGCCCCGAAGCUGUACAAGCCCGUCGGGAAACCUCGUAUGCACCCGUCUGGUAGAGUAUUCCGCGUAAUCGCCAUUGACGUUGGAAUGAAGUUCAACCAAAUCCGCUGUUUCACUCACCGUGGAAUUGAGCUGAAAGUCGUCCCUUGGAAUUAUGAUUUCCUAGCUCCGACAGAAGAACCAUUCGACGGCUUAUUCAUUUCGAAUGGUCCGGGCGAUCCCACCAUGGUUCCAGAAACAAUAGAACGAAUACGAAAAGCCAUGAGCGAUGCAUCCCAGCCUAUUUUCGGUAUUUGUCUUGGACACCAGCUCCUCGCGCUUGCUGCUGGCGCGUCUACGUCUAAAAUGAAAUACGGUAAUAGGGGCCACAACAUUCCAUGCACAGACGCCUUGAGUGGACGCUGCUAUAUCACAAGCCAGAACCACGGAUUCCAGGUCAAUACGUCUUCACUACCAGCGAACUGGAAGGAGCUUUUCAGGAAUGCGAACGAUGGCAGCAAUGAAGGCAUCUAUUGUACAGACAAGCCAUAUUUCUCCGUUCAGUUCCAUCCGGAGUCUACCCCCGGUCCUCGCGAUACAGAGUUCUUGUUCGACGUAUUUAUUCAGAACGUUGUGGAUAGCGCGGUCACUGGAUCGCUAGUUCCGUUGAAAAUACCUGGAGGAACGAAGGAAGAAAAUGAAAAACGCACGCCGCACGCGGAUGUACGGAAAGUCCUGAUUCUAGGUUCUGGCGGUCUUUCAAUUGGGCAGGCAGGCGAAUUCGACUAUUCAGGCUCACAGGCGAUCAAGGCACUUAAGGAGGAAGGCAUUUACACGAUACUUGUUAACCCAAACAUCGCAACCAUUGCAACCUCGAAGGGGCUGGCGGACAAAGUCUACUUCUUGCCAGUCACCCCAGACUUCGUUAGAAAAAUUAUUAAAUAUGAACGCCCUGAUGGUAUUUAUGUCACGUUUGGUGGACAGACUGCGCUCAACGUCGGUAUUGCGCUCAAGGACGAGUUCGAAUCACUUGGUGUCCGUGUGCUUGGAACGAAGAUAGACACAAUCAUCAUGACGGAGGACCGCCAGUUGUUCGCUGAUGCGAUGGCGCAGAUUGGCGAGCGUUGUGCGCAAAGUGCAACUGCAACAAACGUGGAGGAGGCCUGUCAGGCUGCCAGGUCUAUCGGUUAUCCUGUCAUCGUGCGCGCGGCAUACGCGCUUGGUGGUCUCGGCUCAGGCUUCGCUCAAGAUGAGAGUCAGCUACGGGAACUAUGCAGCAAGGCCUUCGCAACUAGCCCGCAGGUACUGGUAGAAAAGAGUAUGAAAGGGUGGAAGGAGAUUGAAUACGAAGUUGUCCGUGAUUGCAGGGAUAACUGCAUCACUGUUUGUAAUAUGGAGAACUUCGAUCCUCUUGGCAUCCAUACCGGCGACUCGAUUGUCGUAGCGCCUUCUCAAACUCUUUCGGAUGCGGACUACAACAUGCUGCGAACGACUGCGAUCAACGUUAUUCGGCAUCUCGGAGUCGUUGGAGAAUGCAAUAUACAAUACGCACUCAAUCCAUUCUCAAAAGAGUACUGUAUCAUUGAAGUCAAUGCUCGUCUCUCUCGGUCAUCUGCUCUCGCUUCAAAGGCAACCGGCUAUCCUCUCGCAUUCAUCGCGGCAAAACUCGGUCUCAAUAUUCCACUCAACGAAAUCAAGAACUCAGUCACGAAGGUCACCUCGGCAUGCUUCGAGCCAAGCUUAGACUACGUCGUCGUGAAGAUUCCACGCUGGGACCUAAAGAAAUUCAACCGCGUGAGCAAGUUGUUGAGCAGCAGCAUGAAGAGUGUUGGCGAGGUAAUGGCAAUAGGUCGAACGUUCGAAGAAACGAUACAGAAGGCUAUUCGUGCUAUCGACGAUCAGUUCCCAGGCUUCUCAAAGAAUGAUGUCGUCGAAGACAUUGAUGACGAGCUUCUCAACCCGACAGACAAGCGGAUUUUCGCGAUUCACACUGCGUUCUCAAGAGGCUAUUCCGUCGAGAAGAUUUGGCAGAUGACGAACAUUGAUAAGUGGUUCUUGACACGCUUACAGAAUCUGUAUAAUAUGGAACAGCAUCUCUCAGAUUAUAGCGUUUCGUCGUUGAACAAGAAUCUCCUUACACAGGCUAAACAGUUAGGAUUCUCGGAUCGCCAGCUCGCUCUCUGUGUCAAGUCUACAGAACUUGCUGUUCGUCGUCUUCGUCAAGAAUUUGGGAUCUCGCCGUUCGUUAAACAGAUUGAUACGGUUGCUGCCGAGUUCCCAGCAUUUACCAACUACCUGUAUACGACAUACAAUGCUGUCGAACAUGAUGUGAAUUAUGAUGACCAUGGUGUUAUGGUACUUGGGUCUGGUGUUUAUCGCAUUGGCUCCUCUGUCGAGUUCGACUGGUGUGCUGUCCGUGCUAUCAGGACGCUCCGCGAUCAGGGCAUCAAAACCGUCAUGGUAAACUACAACCCGGAAACCGUCAGUACGGACUAUGACGAAGCGGAUCGACUUUACUUCGAGACUAUCAGCUUGGAAACUAUUCUGGAUAUCUACGAUACGGAACAAUCUCGAGGGAUCAUCGUUUCCAUGGGUGGCCAGACGCCGAACAAUAUUGCUCUGGCACUUCAUCGCGAGAAUGUUAAUAUUUACGGCACCUCCCCGGAAAUGAUCGAUACUGCGGAGAACAGGUACAAGUUCUCUCGUCUCUUGGAUAAGAUCGGUGUCGACCAGCCAUUGUGGAAGGAGUUAACGAGUUUCGACGCAGCUCAAGAGUUCUGCGAUAAAGUCAACUUUCCGGUGCUUGUUCGACCAUCAUACGUGCUUUCGGGUGCAGCGAUGAACGUUGUCUAUUCUGCCGAUGAUCUCGCAAACUAUCUGACACAGGCUACAGCUGUUUCUCGCGACCAUCCCGUCGUCAUCACGAAAUAUAUCGAACAAGCCAAAGAGAUUGAAAUGGACGCGGUAGCAAAGAACGGCAAACUCGUAAUGCAUUACAUCUCGGAGCACGUCGAGAAUGCAGGGGUUCACUCAGGCGAUGCUACGCUCAUUCUCCCGCCUCAAGACCUAGAUCCCGAGACGGUACGACGAAUUGAAGAAGCAACGGCUAAGAUUGCAAACGCACUUAACGUCACGGGCCCCUUUAAUAUCCAAUUCAUUGCAAAGAACAAUGAAAUCAAGGUCAUUGAGUGCAACUUACGUGCUGCUCGUUCAUUUCCCUUCGUCUCGAAAGUUACUGGCGUUGAUGCGAUUGAAAUGGCAACCAAGGUUAUGAUGGGAAUCGCUGUUGAGUCAUAUCCGGACUUGAACCUACCACCGGAUUACGUUGGAGUCAAGGUUGCUCAAUUUAGCUUCAGUCGUUUGUCAGGUGCGGAUCCUGUGCUUGGUGUAGAAAUGGCAUCGACUGGAGAAGUUGCUUGCUUUGGCCGAGACAAGUACGAAGCAUACUUGAAAGCUCUCAUAUCUUCCGGUAUUCGGCCUCCCAAGAAGAACAUCCUGUUUUCGAUUGGUGGCUUCAAGGAGAAGAUGGAAAUUCUCCCUUCCGUACAGCGAUUGGCAGCAGCAGGGUACAAUAUCUUCGCAACGUCAGGCACAGCUGACUUCCUCACUGAGCACCAUGUUCCUUGCAAGUACCUCGAUCUGCUCGAGGAUGAAGGAAAUGAGAAGUCGGAAUAUUCGCUGGCAGAACAUUUGGCGAAGAACCUCAUCGACAUGUACAUCAACCUUCCUUCAAAGAAUAAUUACCGUCGUCCUGCCAGUUACACGAGUAAAGGAUACCGGACACGUCGGAUGGCCGUUGACUUCGCUGUCCCCCUCCUGAACAAUAUAAAAUGCGCAAAGCUGCUUGCCGAAGCCCUCAUUCGCAAGUCGUCACAGGAAGUCUCAAGUGUCGACUACAAGACUUCGCAUGAGGUCCACACCUUCCCUGGGCUGGUAAACGUAUCGUCAUUCGUACCCGGACUCAUUUCGGCAUCAGGGACAGAUCUAGAGGACGUAACGAAGGCUUCAUUAAGUGGAGGCUUUACGACAGCAUUGAUUCUACCGUACGGCACUUCCUCUCACAUUACUGAUGCGAUAUCACUCGACGCCGCCCGCUCUACUGCGUCAGGUUCUGCAUAUUGCAAUUAUGCGUUCAGUGUGGUCGCUUGCCCUAGUAAUGUUCAGACGCUGGACGACGAACUUCAGGCAGAGUCUAAGUCGCUGUUCAUCCCAUUCGGUGCACGUUUCGGAGCACGGUCCUUGUCCCAGCAGGUUGCUGUAGUCGCAUCUCACUUUGCUUCUUGGCCAGCUGACAAACCCAUUGUUACCGACGCUAAAGGCUCGGAUCUCGCAUCCGUGCUCCUGCUGGCCAGUUUGCAUGGUCGCGCUGUGCAUGUUACUGACGUGCGCAGCAAAGAGGACCUCUUACUGAUCUCAUUGAGCAAAGCGAAGGAGCUGAAGGUCACCUGUGACGUUUCCGUAUAUUGCCUCUUCUACGCGUCUGAAAGUUUCGGCGGAGUCAAAUGUUUACCUUCAAAGGAGGAUCAAGCUAAACUCUGGAAACAUCUUGAUGUCGUUGACGCUUUCUCUGUCGGGACCGUACCUUAUGAGUUAGCUUCAGAGCUUAAGGAGACUGUCGAUGCUUCAAUUGGUAUACAAGAUACACUUCCGUUGUUGUUGACUGCCGUUUCAGAGGGUAGAAUCAGUCUAGAGGCGAUCCACGAACGCAUGCACGACAAUCCAAUUAGGAUAUUCGGUCUCCCAGAUCAAUCGCAUACUCAAGUUGAAGUUGUAGUGAACCGUCGGUCUAUCAUUGCGACGAGGAAGUCCAACUCGUGGUCUCCACUGGACAAGUCAAGGGUCAGCGGGGCGGUAAGCAGGGUCAUUGUCCAUGGACAGACCGUCUACCUAGAUGGAACUUUACUAUCUGCGCCUUUGGGACGUGACAUCUCCAGCGCGACAAUAAACCGCUCUUCUAUCCUCGAGAGGAGAUUGUCCGUCAGCAGCAGUAGGCCAGCGCCUCCCACGGAGCAUGUAUUGGCACCAUCAGCCUUCACCCUUAAACCAACGGACGGAGUUCUUCCUCCUUCCCAAGGACCGGUGCCUCUGAUGUCCGCAGUAGCCAGCCCAAAUGCAUUGGCAAUUGCUUCUGCUCCCCGUGUCUUUUCUCCUCUCACGCCUCAUCCGUCCUUUCAUCGUAAAAACAUUUUGUCGGUCAAGCAGUUCACUCAUCAAGACAUCCACGAUCUCUUUAGUUUGGCACAUGAAAUGCGCCUGCAAGUCGAGCGGAAUGGUACUUUAGACAUCCUAAAAGGCAAAGUACUCUGUACGCUUUUCUAUGAACCAUCAACGCGUACCAGUGCGUCAUUCGAUGCAGCAAUGAAACGGUGCGGUGGAGAAGUUGUGCAGGUUAGCGCAGAUCGAGCCUCGGUCCAGAAAGGCGAGACGCUAGAAGACACUGUGCGAACGCUUAGUUGCUACGCGGAUGCGAUCGUCAUGAGACAUCCGGAUGUUGGCAGCGCUCAAACAGCGGCUAAAUUUUCACCUAUUCCCAUUAUCAAUGCGGGAGACGGUAUUGGUGAACAUCCUACUCAGGCUUUGUUGGAUAUCUAUACAAUACGGUCUGAGCUGGGUACUGUUAAUGGGCGUACUAUCACCCUGCUGGGUGACCUUAAAAACGGACGAACUGUGCACAGCCUCGUAACACUUCUCUGCUUGUAUUCGGUUCGCCUAAACUUCGUUGCCCCUCCUUCACUUACCAUGCCGCAGAGCGUAAUCAAUGCGGCCCGCAAAGCCGGCGUAUUCGUUCGUGUCAGCGAUUCGCUAGAGGAAGUCCUUGCCGAGACAGACGUUCUUUAUGUGACGCGUGUUCAGAAGGAGCGCUUCGAAAACGAAGAAGACUGGAUACGUGUGAAGGACGCGUACAGGAUUGACCACUCGGUGUUGUCAAGGGCGAAGGAAGACAUGAUCGUCAUGCACCCCCUGCCUCGUGUAAACGAAAUUGAUCCAGAAGUCGAUUUCGAUUCACGCAGAGCAGUGUACUUCAGACAGAUGCGCUAUGGCUUAUUUGUUCGCAUGGCUUUGUUGGCGAGUGUCAUGGCAUAAGCAGAUAAUGAAUACGUACUGGGGUCCUGCAAGUUGAUCAGUGCAGAUUGUAUCAAUAGCCGCGCGCACAAAAGUAUCGGUAUACAACGUGAAUGAAUUUUUAAUUUAUUU